UCGUUUCCUGAACCGUUCCUACAAAGAUGAAAAUGGAAAGCGGAGCCGCAGACAUCAGCAGUUGGAGGGAGGUGGAUUUCGCUCUGAACUGCACCUACAUCGUCCCAGACCAAAAUUCAGAGCCCAAUUUCAGCCUCCCCAAAGCCAUGACGUCCAUACCCCGAAACCUCACCUUUCAGUACGGAGACGACAAUGAGGUGACAGGUGUGUUCAGUAAAGAGUACAUUCCGAUGGGCACGCGCUUCGGACCUCUGCAGGGGGAAAUCUACACCAAAGACACUGUCCCAAAACACGCCAACCGCAAGUACUUCUGGAGGAUCUACAGUGGAGGGCAGCUACAGCACUUCAUCGACGGUUACGAUGUGCAGAGGAGCAACUGGAUGCGUUACGUGAAUCCGGCCCGGUCCGCCUCGGAGCAGAACCUGGUCGCCUGUCAGAACGGGCGCGACGUCUUCUUCUACACACUGCGCCCCGUAGAGCCCAGCCAGGAACUGCUCGUGUGGUACAGCCCCGAGUUCGCCCAGCGGCUGUGCGGUGGAGGACAGCAAGACACCAAAAACAAAUGCACUGAUGAAGAUAUCGAACCAGAGAAUACCAAACAGUACCUACCUCAGAGAGCGUGGCCGCGAGAACAGACCAAAGACCAGCUAAAGGAAGAGUGUGAAGAGGAGAAAAUUGACGUCGAAAUCUUGGAAAGGGACACUCCCCCGGACACACCCGACGACCAAGUGAUGGACUUCAGCAAAAAGGAGGAGAGAGAAGAGAGGGAUGAGGAAAGAGUGGUGAUCCCAUCCCCCCAGCGUGAGCAGCAAGAGCCCAGUCACACUUUGAAUCAACAGUACCUAACAGAUCGCGCUCCCAUCCCACCUAGAAACUUCCCGUUGCAUCUGCACGGACUGUACGGACACAGAGAAGGACUGGUCAAUUCGUAUCCGAUGUAUCCUCAAUCAAGACCUCUACAGCCCGCGUACCAUCUCCUCCCUUCAUACGGGACCCACUAUCAACGGCUACUUCUUCCCUCAUACUCUCCUCCUUUCCCCGGCAUGUUACCUUCAAGAACCCCCUUACGAUACGGCAACUAUUUAGGCACAGAUGGGCUACCGUACCCUCCGAUCGCCACGCCGAAUUUGGUCAACUUACCUUAUUCGUCGUCGCCGCAGGGAGGGUUGAAAGAGCUGACUGCGAACGUGUCUCCCCCUAGAGGCGCACCAGCCACUCCGGAGUUGUCGCCAAUUCCGAAAUCAAACUCGCAGCGUAUCCACUCCCCAGAGCAGACUUCCAUGAAUUCAGAAGAAGCGAUGAAUUUGAGCCUAGCGUCGGCCAAGUCCAACCCAGGGCCGAGGAACGGACCUGGGCACAAGUCGCUGCCGUACCCUCUUAAAAAGCAAAACGGCAAAAUCAAAUAUGAAUGUAACGUCUGCAUGAAGACUUUCGGGCAGCUGUCAAAUCUUAAGGUCCAUCUCAGAGUGCACAGUGGAGAACGGCCUUUUCAAUGCAACCUGUGUAAAAAGAGCUUCACUCAACUCGCCCACCUCCAAAAACAUCAUCUGGUCCAUACGGGGGAAAAACCACACGAAUGCCAGGUUUGUCACAAGCGUUUCAGCAGCACCAGCAACUUGAAAACCCACCUGCGCUUGCAUUCUGGCGAAAAACCGUACCAGUGCAAACUGUGCAACACCAAAUUCACCCAGUAUAUUCAUCUGAAACUGCACCGAAGACUCCACAGCGGCAGAGAUCGCCCAUACCGCUGCCAGAUCUGCGCCGCUGCAUUUUUCCACCGCUUCUCCCUGAAAAUCCACCAACGCAGCUGCUGCCCGGCCAGCUCGAACUCCCCGGUUAACGGCAGCAUGAAAGAGAUGGUGGAACGCUUCGACGCCAGCCAAGAAGCCGAUACGCUCACCGAAACUGCAACCGCGCCACAAGUGGAGGAGGCCGUGGAAAGAUGGUUGGCCCGUACGCUAGAAGGAGAAGGAAAGGAAGACCAGAAAGAGGCCACGAUGCUGCUCAAAACGUUAGCGUCGGUGUUGAAUUCGCCGAUGGGGCAGCCCGGCGUCAUGUCAUCGCACCAUACGCCAUCAGUGGGCUAUCAGGAGCGGGCUAGCGUGGUCCACCUGCAUAAAACUGUAAAGACUGAAGCGCAAUAAGAAAUGUAGCAUUGCUAACGGACUCGUAGCUAGCAUGUGUUGCUAACAAACUGUCGCCAAAAAUGAAGUGGUUUCCGAUGAAGGAACACAAAUCAAGUUAACCAAAACAAGAGCACUCCAAAGUAUAGGCCAUAGACUUAGCAUUAUUCAUAUAGAAAUAUACAUUAACUGACGUAGCUAGACUAAACAAAUAUUGCAACUAGGCAUCUGAUUGGCUACUGGUUUUGAAGGACAAAUUGUGAUUGGCUAAGGCAUCUGUCAAUCAUUCUCUAACCGUAAUCGAUGUAACAGUUGAUGGUCUUGGCCAAUAUAUUUUUUAUUAUUAUUAUUUCUAACCAAAAUUGAACAGCAAAACUAAAACUGUGAAUAAUUUAACUCAGGUAGUGUUUGCUUUUUGUGCUUUAACUUAUUAUUUUUAUACUAUUAUUAUUAAUUCAACAUUUGCAUUAUUUAGUUUCAUAGUUUGUUUAUUGUGAAUAUUACGUUGUUGAACUCAGGACAAUUUGGUAGCGUUCUGUUUGUAUUUUGUCUUUAUGGUGUUUGAAAAAUAAUAUUUAAAAUGCACUGUAAUGGCACAACUUUUCUGACAUUGAUACUAUUUUAUUUAUUUAUUAAUAAAAUGAACAAAACAGAAUUUCACUGCAGCAUUUGCCAAAUUAAACUGAGUGUGGAGUACAUGCAUAACACGUGUAUUUAUGAUGGUCAUAUAGAGAAUGAAUGUACGAAUCUCGGUCAUGUCUCUUAGUAUUACAUAGGAAAAAGAACCAACAUUUUUAGCAAUCUACUUGAAAGUCUGGAAAUGAGAAAACACGACACAAAUUUUACUCAAACUUUUAACUUAUUUUUAUUCAAACCCGACUUAAAGCCAAUAGAUGCUGAGCUAUGCACUGACAACUUCAAUGUCCUCUUUUCAUUUUUUACUUUGUAUUUAUUCAACUUUAGCCUAACCAAACGAAAUUGCGUCUGCAUUACGUCUAGCGUUUUGUUAGCAUAAUUUCAAAGACAUGCUAAUAGUAACUAGCUCUCAGGAAACAAAGGGAGCCAUUUUGAAGACUUUUGAUUUACAAUUUUGUAGUUUUUUCAAUGUUGUUUGUCAUUUUUUGUCAUUGUAGUUUAUUUUUUGAGAUUGUUUAUAUGUGAGAGACUAUACUUUUAUAUUUGAUGUAGCAUAUUAAUAAAGAUAUGGUUUCUAUAA